ACCCCAACAACAAGUGUCAAUCAACCGACACCACCGUUGCAGUGACCACGGACGGGUUCACAACGGGCAGUUGACCGACAGACACACAGUGCAUUGUGAUCUGUGUUGACUGUCUACAACGCGGAUGCCUCACAAGAAGGAAGGUUGGCAGACUCCACAUCCCAACGUAUACCUGCGGACCAACAGAAGAAGAAGAACACGACCAGGACCCCUCCACAUAGACACAGUAGUCGUUAGUGUCACCACAGUUUUAUUCAUAUUAUUGCUUGCUUCAGUUUCAUUGUAUCUCAGCAUCUUUUCGUGAUUCCGUAGUCCGCUACCUAAAGAGUGGUUCUUUCCUUAUCAUGGAGCGACAACGCCCAUGGAGUCCCCUCAGACGACUGGGGGGACCUCGGGUAACCAUCUGUUUAUUUGCAGGUGUCAUUUUAUUUGUGCUAAUUCCAUAUUUUGUCCUCCACCAGAAACAUUUAGACAACUUACGUGACCAACGCGACAACAAGACUGACUCUAACUCGACCAUUCACAACCGCACCAAGCGAGGACUGACCCGCCUAGACAACUGGUUUGAAAAUGGGAUAAACCCAUUGAACAAAUAUUCUGCAAAUAUGUGGUGGCGCUAUGCUAAACACGUAGCGACAAGAGAAAAUGCUUCCAACUGUUAUGUAUGUUCUUUGCUACCCAUUAGCUCUAAUCAACCACAGUUAACGGUAGCACCCCUGGGGAAGUCUGAAGGUUGUUUCUGCGGUCUCUCAAGUAGUGGCUGGUAUAAGCCCGACAAGGACGUGUUUGUAUUCGAUAGCAACGGAACGUCUUGGUAUUUCGACAGCCUAUCUCCAUGGGAGGAGGCUCAGGAAAUCCAAACACGGUUUCCCCUUUGCUAUGCUCGGAAUGGGACUCAUUCGGUGGGACAAACAGACCCUGCUAAGUGUGACACGAUCCUCAUUGGGGGAUUCUCCACUGGAGAUUUAAAUUGCAAUUAUGACAAAUUCCCACCUUUCCGAAAUGACUGCGCCAAAAACCAUAACGUAAGCUUUUGCCAAGCCAAGGGCAUUGCAGAAAGGGCCGCAAAUGUGCCCAUUCAUCUCCAAAAAUGGUCAUGUUCCGGCUGGGGUUUUACUGUAUUACGUCCGCAAGAUUGUCCACUAGGUGUUAAUUGUUCCGUUUAUCAUUUCGCAUUUCUCCCUGGUGAGAACGGGACUUAUCCAGUGACCAAGGGAUGGUGGCUGUGUGGCACCACCCUCCGCGUGUCUCUACCUCCGCAGUGGAGUGGAAUAUGCACCCCCGUUCGCGUUACUGAUCAUACUUUUAUUCUCGCAGCUACGACAGUGACAAACAAACGAACGAAACGAGGAGCCGCAUUGGACACUGGCCUUAAGCCGGAAGUCAAUUUUGAACCACACGACUCUGUCUGGGGCAGCAAUGUGCCUGAUGAGUUCAAACACGCCAGUACAUCAGUUAAAGUUUUGUGGGGACUGUUUCCAUGGACAGGAGUGGCAAAAAACACGUUACGAUUAGAAACAGUUGAAUACCGUUUCAAAAGUUUUGUAAACAUGACUCUAGCGGGCCUUAAGGGUAUUCGCGAGGAAAUGACUGCCAUGCGUUUAAUGAUUAUGCAGAACCGCAUGGUACUAGACCAAUUGACCGCUGCCCAAGGAGGUGUUUGUGCUAUCGUAGGAGAAUAUUGCUGUACGUUUAUCCCUGAAAAUGACAAAGACGAAGGAAUUAUCCAUCAGGCGAUACGAGACUUCGGGAAUCUAUGGCAAAAGACAAAACUCCCUCCCCAGAUUGGCUCACACGUUUGUGGUAUUCAUGGAAAGGAACAAUGAUACAAGUAGCUACUAUCCUUUGUGCUCUCCUCGCUUUUGUAAUUUGCGGUAUCCCAUUGAUCCGUCAUACGAUUGCCCAACUAUUUGCGAAACAAAUAGCUAUGUACAGCCUGGUGUCACCUAAUGACUCACCACCAAACUUGUUCCCUGGACAUGACUCUGACAAUAACCCCAACAGUGACUCUGACUCCCUUGACGACCUUAACUGUUACGACCUCGACACAUAAGCAUCGUGACAUUUAUGUUUUUUAUCAUGAGGAUGUUCAUUCCUGGUGUUCUAAAUCUUUUGUUCCAUAUUAGCUUGCUAAACCAGGAGAAGUGAAAUUCUCACAAAAACAGCUUUUAUCCCCGCAUUUAUUAGUGUGUCACGAAAGUAUGAUUGAUGUAAUGACCUAUUUUAUAUCUAUAUUGUGUGAUAGUAAAUCAAGUUCUGGUAUUGUGAUUUAAACUUUUUAUUUUCCUA